CCAACGACGAUGGGCAGUGUGAGAAAAUUACUUUGCGCCAGAUCGUACAGAUAAUUUCGUUGGCAUGGAAUAGGGUCAGUGAGCAGGUUAUUCACAAUGGCUUCGAGAAAGCGCUUCGACCGCAACAGAUUGAAGGUGGACAACAGCCAAUAGGAGAGGAUGAAAACGUCGAUGGCAUGGAGUUUUAUGAUGUUCUUGACAACCAAGAACUGUAACAGUUCAGUCUCCCAAUUCUGAGGACUUCACCAAUGAAUUUGGACUGUUUCCUUUGAGAAUUAAAGAUGUUAUUAGGGAACACAUCCAAAAUACGUUUACGUUUGAAAUGAUGGAGCAUCAUUUUGGCAAACUUUCUUCAGAAAUCCAUACUUUGUCACUGAGGCACUUGCUAUCGCCAUUCCCCUCAACUACGUCCCGAUCAACUGGUUCAGUGUUUUACAGAACACCCUGUAUACCUCUUAUCAAUGAAAACUUUUGAAUACCCCACGAAAUCGAUCUGACUGACAGGUGACAGUGACCAGGCGUGCAACAGCGAGCGAUUGGUCGGUCAUUGUGGCGCGAAAACUAGACUUACUGUCCUAGAACCGAUUCAAGGUUAUCUCCAUAUGAUACCGGCCCGGGAAGUAAUUGAGGCCGCUUUUAAUAAAUAGGCCAUCGGUGUAUAAACCUGUCUGUUGAUUUCGAGUGUUUGGCAGCAGACAUGGACACUACCUCUCUUCUCGUCGUCCUUUCGCUGAUUCUUCUCGGGUAUCUCUACCUCAGAAGGAGGAAGCUCUACGCCAACCUUCCCCCAGGACCCUGGAGUGUACCCAUUCUCGGAAGUCUGCCUUUCUUAGGUAAAGACCUCCGAAUGGAGGCGAUGCGGAUGUCCAAGGAAUUCAACUCCGACCUCAUUACGAUCAGUCUGGGACAACAACUCUGCAUACUACUUAAUUCGUUCGAUUCGAUAAAGGCGGCGCUGUCAGGCGAGGAUUUCUUGGACAGACCCAACAUCGUCUUCUUCCUGUAUCUCAACAAAAAAGGUAUUGGCAGCGCUAAUGGCCAACUAUGGAAAGAACAUCGCCGGCUCUCGCUCUCGGUGCUACGAGAUAUGGGCAUGGGCAAGAUGGCCGCCGAAGAGAAAAUCGAAGAGGAAAUCCAUCAACUCAUCGACGAAAUUGGGAAGAAGGGAGGCAGGAGUUUCGAGAUCGGUCCAUUACUAAGCAUGGCGACUGCAAACAUAAUCUUGGCGAUUUUGGCUGGCCAGAGGUAUGACUAUGAGGAUCCGGAAGUUCUAUAUUUCGUCACGCGAUUCAAAGAAAACCUCACUCUGAUGCCGAGCGAAUCCUUGCUGAGUAUAUUUCCGUCAUUGCGCCACAUACCGGGAGACCUCUUCAACUAUGCCACGAUCAAGAAGAACGUUCGGGCCAUGCAGGGCUUUGCGGUGAAACACAUCAACGAGCACAAGAAGCGCUUUGAUCCUGAUAAUAUUGCUGAUUUCCUCGAUGCCUACAUUGCUGAGAAAGAAAAGCAGGACAAGAAGGAUCCAAACAACACAUUUACAGAUGAGCAACUGAAGAAUGUUAUCUUCGAACUCUUCGGGGCCGGAAGCGACACUACCGCCACCACUCUAGAAUGGGCGAUACUACUCAUGGUCACUCAUCCUGAAAUACAGCGGAAGAUCCAAUCAGAAAUCGACGAUGCCAUCGGAGACGAACGAUUCCCGACCAUGAAAGACCGCCGAAGUCUUCCUUUCACCGAAGCCGCUGUGCUCGAAAUACAACGUUUCGCCACAAUUUUGGGCUUCGGUCUUCCGCACUGCAACCUGUUCCGAGAUGUAUCGUUCCAGAAUUUCACAAUCCCCAAAGGCACCAUAAUGAUGCCAAAUAUCUGGGCCGUACACAGGGACCCGAAGAUUUGGAAGAACCCUGAUGCUUUCGAUCCCAGCAACUUCCUGGAUGACAAAGGUGGAGUUGUUCACAAACCCGAACUCAUACCUUUUGCUAUCGGUCGGCGUCAAUGCCCAGGCGAAGGACUUUCGAAAAUGGAGAUAUUUCUCGUCUUGGUGGCGCUUCUUCAGAGGUUUACGUUUACGAAACCAGAGGGCGCUGCACCUCCAAGUCUUGAAGGGGUGUUCGGUGUGACGAACGUGCCAGCCCCAUUUGAGAUGUGCGUGAGGCCGAGAUCGACGGGCUAACCAUUGACUCUCAGAGUGAUGGGCGAUCGUAUAAUGAAGAUGCCGCGUGAUUUUUUAGUCACACUGUAUACUUUUCAGAAUAAAGCUGAUAGUGAUUUUCGAAAUAAAAGAUAGUUUGCAGGGUGAUUGAUAUAUAAUAUACAUGUAUAUACUAUAAAAACCAAGUUUUAGCAAAUUCGUAUGCAUA